AGAAGAGAUGAAGACCCUGCACUUGGCUCUGAUUCUGCUCGUGCUGUCCGGUGUUCUCACUCAGGACAGAGAAUGGAGUGUGAAAUAUCCUGAUAAACCGAUCUGUGCUGUGAGAGGAUUCAGUGUCUCCAUUCCCUGUAGUUAUUCUUAUCCACAAAAUCAUCAGGUGGAACAAAAGCUUUGGUGCUCGAUGAACUCAAACAAAGAUUUGUGUCUAAAACCACCGUAUGUUUAUAACAGCUCAUCAAACACCAAGUCAGACUUUAAGCUCACUGGAGACGACAAAUCAGACUGCACUUUGUUAAUCCACAAUGUACAGUUCAGUUAUUCUGGAGAGUACAGAUUCAGAUUUAUAACUAAUGGGGACAGAUUCACAGGUCGUCUUGGAGUGACUCUACAAGUUACAGAUUUAAAGGUGUCACUAAUCAGGCUCAGUGGAAACGGAACCCUUAAACAAGGAGACUCGUUAAAUCUGAGGUGUGAUGUGAACUGUACACACACUUCCUCACAGUUUGUGUGGUCUAAGAACAACCAGCCCUUAAAUACAUCAGGACCUGUUCUUCACUUUCCUGCUCUAACCGUGAGGAAUUCUGGGAAUUACACCUGCACUUGGGAAACCGGCGAGACGUCAGGAUCUGAAACCAUCAGCCUUCACGUCGAGGGUGACAAACCUGAGAAUCCUGAACGUUGGUCAAUCUGGGUCAUUAUUUUAGUGAGCGCUGGAGUGAGUGUCGUCGUCUCAGUCAUCAUAGGAGCUGUGAUUCACAACAGGAGGUUUCUGUGUGAUCGCAGGAGUGUCCACACCGAACAGCAGAAGAAUGAGGAUGAUUCUGCUAUCUACUCUAACGUCCAGAAGAAUGAGGAUGAUUCUGCUAUCUACUCUAACACCCAGCAGCAGGAAGAAGAUUUUUCAGUCUAUGCUAAUGUGUAAUAGCAACAAGCUGAUCUCAGUUUCACGCCUCAUGCUCAGCUUAAAGGGUUGUGAAUUUCAUCUUAAGCUAAGAAUAUUACACAGCAUAUACACUUCCUGUAUGUUGCAUCUGAGCUUCAUUUCAUGAUAAAUGACUUGGUUAUUUAUUGUGUCAAUGUUCUUAGUUUCUAUAAUUUUAUAUAAGAUUUCUAUAAGAUUCUCUCAUUUUCUAGAAUUUACCCCAACUAUAACUUUUAUACAUGUCCUGAUUUAUGAUCAUUUACUGCUUUUAUGAUGUUUUGCAUGUAAAUUAGAGUAGCAGUCUAUCCUCGUUUCUCCUGUUUCAGUGCUUGAAGUGAGCUGCUACUCUACAGGAUGCAGUACACGCUGCUUUUACACUGAAAUGUUCAUGAAGUUGCUAGUUAAUACAACUGAUACACAACUGAAACCUGCACAACCUGCAACACAACCAACAAGGCACAAACGGCAUAUUUGGUGAAAGUUUCUGUGUUAAAACACAUUUUUUAC